UGUCUCUCUCUCAUCCUAUAAACACUCGACAAACAACACUUUUAUGAAUUCACAUUCAAGAACACUAUAAACGACAACUAAAAAUAUAAUUUACAAAAGAAGAACAAAAAAAUGUCGAAAACAUUCAAAGCCAUAAGAGACCGGACAUAUUCAGGCGUAGGAGACCUCAUCAAGCUCCUCCCGACCGGAACCGUCUUCUUGUUCCAAUUUUUAAACCCUGUCCUAACCAACAAUGGACAUUGCCUCCUCAUCAACAAAUACUUAACCGGAGUUCUCAUCGUUAUUUGUGCCUUCUCUUGUUGCUUCACUUGCUUCACCGAUAGUUACCGAACAAGAGACGGUUACGUUCAUUAUGGAGUUGCCACCGUGAAGGGUCUUUGGCCAGAUUCAUCUUCAGUGGAUUUGUCUUCGAAAAGGCUUAGAGUUGGAGAUUUCGUUCACGCUUUCUUCUCUCUUAUCGUGUUCAGUGUUAUUUCCUUGUUGGAUGCAAACACCGUGAAUUGUUUCUAUCCUGGCUUUGGCUCCGCUGGGAAGAUCUUUCUCAUGGUUUUGCCUCCGGUGAUCGGAGUUAUCUCCGGUGCUGUUUUCACGGUGUUCCCUAGUAGACGUCACGGAAUUGGGAAUCCCUCGGACCACAGUGAGGAUGAUGCUUCCGAGAUGAAAUGAUAGUAUAUGAUUUUAUACUAUUUAUAUGCAUAAAACAUUAAAAUGUAAUGGCAUGUGUUUAUUCGUGGAAUGGUAAAUACGAAAGUUUUAUAAUUGUGAUCUUUUUUUUUGUUAUUUUUAUUUAUGUAUUUGAAUGCUGAUCAUAUGUUGUGUGUUUGUUUUUUGGUAUUUUUUCCAUAUGUUUGUUGAUAAACUCAAAAGUAAUAACAUAUCUCUUUUUAUGCUCAUAGUGAGUGAAUCAGCAUUAUUGAAAUCACUAGAUGUUAAGGAGUUGAAACUUAAGAGACACUUAUAUGAACUAAUGUAUAUACACA